AUGUCCAAAACGAUCCUCAAAACUGGACUGACCAAUUUCCUUCCCAAAUUUUCAUCCCUCCCCCCAAUCCCAAACAUCACAUCAUGCAUUACAUCCCUCCAAUCAUGUGCCGAUCAGACCAACUUACAGGAAGGAAAGAAACUCCAUUCCUACAUGCUCAUCAAUGGCUUCCUCAGCUCCCCACGCGCUAUCACCAGCCUCAUCAACAUGUACUCCAAAUGCAACUCCAUCUCAGAUGCCUUUCUGGUUUUUACUUCCUCGUCUAACUCCCAACUCAACGUUUUUGCUUACAACGCAAUCAUUGCCGGAUUUAUCCACAAUGAGAUGCCAGAACCCGCGUUACAGGUUUAUAAAAAAAUGCGAGUGGCAGGUGUUUCGAUGGAUAAAUACACGUUCCCUUGUGUGGUCAAGGCAUUAUCGAGUUGUGGCGAUGUUGCUGGUUUGAAGAUUGCUCACGGGUUGGUCUUUAAAUUCGGGGUGGAUCAUGAUCUGUUUGUGGGCAGUGCUGUAGUCGAUGUGUACUUUAAACUUGGGUUAAUGGAGGAUGCACACAAAGUGUUCGAUGAAAUGCCUGACAGAGAUGUUGUCCUAUGGAACGCCAUGAUUAAUAGGUACGCACAAAUUGGUGAAUACAAUAGCGCAUUGGAGUGUUUACAUAGACUUCGCACAGGAGGGAAUGUACCUAGUAGUUUCACUGUAACUGGGAUAUUAUCGGUGCUCACAAUGAAAGGGGGACCUUGA